AUGUGCAUGUCCAAAGACUUUUGCCGCAGAGUUGGGGCGGUGGGCAUUGCGACGAUGGCCUCGGGCGGGGUGGCGCCCACCUUCAGGUUCUACAUGUAUGCCAAGCCGACAGGCAGCCCAUCCACGGUGCUGCUGGAGGCUAUCGUGGACAAGAGCGCUGGAAGCGCGAGUGUGACCCUGAAGUGCGAGGACGCAGCGUUGGUGCAGCAGUUUGGCGAGCUGUUCCGCAGGCAGUUGGAUGCCAUGGCAGGGUAG